AGACGGAAUUGUUUCCUGUAGUAGCUUACUAGUGCUAGGCAAUGUUGGUUUGCGAAUAAUUAAUGAAUAAAUCAAUCAAUAAAGGAUUGAGAUGUUUGGUUUGGCUCGGGUCCUGUGAAAUCUCAACUCUAACAUAUUCUCGGCUUCUACACGCUGUAUAAAUGGGUGCUUAUUACUGUGCCAUAUGUAGGCAAACAACAUUCACCGGGAAGGGACAUAUAUUUGGGAAAAAUCAUCAAAGCAGGCUCAGAGUGGUUCUUCUCAAAUUCUUAGAAAAGGUGAAGGAGGCUCGCCGAACACUUAAAAAACCCCAAGUAGAAAAGUUUGAUUGUACCCAGCACAAGCAGACAUUCUGGUGUUACUGCUGUGGGCUUGAAGUUGAUAGAAACGUUACAGAUGGCAACAUGACCGUACUGUAUGGUGGCUUGCUAGAACACAUGGCCACUCCAGAACACAGGAAGAAUACACACAAGUUCUGGUGGGACAAUAAGGCCGACCCCAAGCUCAGAGACAAGGUCAUCAUCACAGAGGAGGAGACUGAGAGGUUUAAAGCUGAGCUGGCAAACGUGUUGGAAUCAUUUGUGGAGAAGGAGGAUGAAUUCAUUAAACAGCAAGCUGAUUAUAUCCGGUCCCAAGAGAAGCAUCGUCAAGAGGUCCUUCAGUCUCUUUUAGAGCGCGAGGCAGAGCCAGAGUUGUUCAGUGGACCCAAUGGCACAGACAUGUCUACAGAGGAUACUGUCAGCUCUCAGUUUACAUCUCAGGGAUCAGACCAGCAGCCGGGUAGCAGCUUUGUGGACUCUAUGGUUGAAGGACCAUGGGAUGCAACAGGACAAGGCCUGACUUUCAUAGGCUAUCAGGAUUCAUCAAACAGUGGAAAUGUUCAUACAGGCGCUGUCCCUCCUUGGCUCCAGGAUGAUCCUCUGGAGGGGACUUCCAGUUCUUCAGCACAUCCAGAGAUUGGCCCAUCGCUCCAAGAGUUCCUCAAACAGAAGGAGCAAGAGAAGCUGAGGAAGCUUCCACCAAACAGAGUAGGGGCCAACUUUGAUCACAGCUCACAUACAGAUGCCAACUGGCUUCCGUCCUUUGGUAGAGUGUGGAACAGUGGCCGACGCUGGCAGUCCAGGCACCAGUUCAGACAAGAGGAAGGGCAGAAGAACAGACAAAAGAGGAAGAGGGAGCACAACACAGAUGGGUCAAAGAAAGCAAAAACGACCGAACAGCGGACAAAUUCUGACAACAGUUAAAACUGAGUAUGCUGUGUGAGAAUUCAUGAGUGAAGUGAUGUAUAAAGUUUGCAAUGUGUGAAUGAGGUUUUGUUCUGUGUUUCUUGGGGAGUUGUGCUUGGUUGAAAUACUCAGACUGACUACACACCUGCUGUCAGCCAAACUAACCCUCUUUGUGAUAUCAGUGGGAGAGUCUAUUGUAAAGAUGUUAACUUACUAUAUUUUUGUCGGAAAGCUACCUUUAAUAGUUGCAAUUUUAUUGUAUAAAGAACGCAUAGCACACUAAUUCAUAACAACAGCCUGCUGCACACUCAAAGAUUAAAACCAAACUGUUCACUAAGCUGAUUUUUGUUUAAUCAACUGGAAAUCGGUGACUUCAGGCAAAGACACCAGAGAGAAAAGCCUAACUGAAAUUCUUUUCCUGCCCACAUUUGUCCACUAAGUCCAGCAAUUUGAUCUGCAAGUUACAGCUCUUUAAGACACUGACAUGACUGUUCUGGCAAAUGACAGCAGGGGGCGCAAGACACACAACUAACGAAAGGCACCUGCUGUGUGUUAAGAGAGGAGCUGACAUGAGGGCAAUCUGUUGAAGCCAACAUUUAGAUACAACAUGAUGAAAGCCUAAACUGUAUAAUCCAUUUUUUACAUGACAAAGAUAAAAUGUCAAAGAUUUGGUGUCAGUUUUUGUAGCUGAGUAUUUUUUUCACCUCUCAGAUUCUGACGUAUCACUAUUAUUUUUUAAACAACUCAGUAUACAUAUUGAGAACAGAAGUUGUCAGUGUUCCUCUACAGUAUACACGUCUCAUUUUCGCAGUGAACUUGAGCAACAGAUGAUGAGCUUUCAUUUCCCUUUUCAGAUCAUGUUACGUGAUGAUUUACUUGUGAAGGCGUAAAGGCUACAUAUGCAAAUGCUUAUGGCUUUGAGAGAAGAUAUGAUCAAAUGUGAUAAAAAUAUAUAAUUGAAAAUAAAUGUAUAUAUUUUGUCUAAAUUUUCCGUGCUCUCUAAAAUGACAAGUUCAUCCUCUUUUUAAAUCUUUAAUUAUAGAUAGAAAGAUAAACUAUGAUACAUGAGCUGGCAAAUUAAAAAUAUCCAAGUGUCCUCUGUUUUGUACUUGUGCCCAAACUGUGAGCACAAAAGAGACAACCCAUAAAGAAAGCCAUUUGAAAAAGGCAUUGUUUGCAACCAUAGGGCAGGCCACCUUUGUCUGCAUGCAUGCUUAACUACUGCUGAUCUCUUCAACUCUUCCAAAUGCAGAUUUUUUCUGUGCUUAAAAUGAUAAAGAAGCACUUGAUAACUGGUUUUGUGAUAGGUGUAAUGAUUUUGUUAUAAUUUCCUGCAGUAUAUAAUACAGCAUAAUGUAGAUCUAGGAUAAAAAUGAUCACUGUGUAAUAUAUGCAUUGGUUGCAUUGCCAAGUGGAACAUCAAGACAGAGAUGGAUGAAUGGCCACGAGCAGUAAACGCAGCAUCCCAUAUUCUACUCCCUGAGAUUACAGUAGGCCCUUCAUUUCAUCUCUACAGGCCUCCUCGCCUCCACAGCAAAGUGUAAUCAGGCCCCAGUGCGCUCUGGGUGAUGGGCGUGGAGCUCAGUGCAGCCGCAAAGCAAUAUGGGGAUACAACGUGUAGCUUAUCUAUUCUUAGCUCCGUGACAUGGCUGGGACUGUUUCAGUAUAAGCGGAAGAAAAGAAGGGGGUUGCCAUGUGUACAUUCGACUGCAAAUGUAACCGUUUCCGUGUGUAUUUUUUUUCCACAUGUUGAUGUUAAUGUUGUAUAACUAUAUAAAGUUUUUGUUGAGUGUA